GUGAUUGGAGGAUGGGAGUAUAAGGGAGCGCAAGCAAGGAAGAGAACGAAUCCUUCAAUAAAGGUAUCAGGCAGCACAUCCUUAGAGCCACAGGAGAGAUGUACAUACAGCAUCACUCAAGGAACCUCAAAUGCAACAAGAUUAUGAAGAUUUGAGAUAUAUUUGAGAGGCGAAACACGGCGGCGACAUAUUGAAAGCCUGGAUUAGUUGCCUUUUCAUUUCAUUUCAUUUUGCCCAGCCUCCAGCAUGGGGACAGAGUGCAGUCGGCGGGGGUCCUUGGCGCUCACCCUCAACAUUGUAGCAUUUACGUGUGCCCUGUCAGCAGUGACCACUAGCUUCUGGUGCGAGGGGACCAGGAAGGUGGUCAAGCCUUUCUGCACGGGGCCGGUGACGACCAGGCAGUCGUACUGCAUUCGCUUCAACAGCAGUAACAUCAAUGACAGCCGGCUGGUGCAGUACAUCUGGGAGUCGGGAGAAGAGAAGUUCCUGAUGAGGAAGUUCCACACCGGCAUCUUCUUCUCCUGUGAGCAGGCUGCUGACAUGAAUGGUUUUAACUGCAGAGACUUCAAAGACAUUGCACCUGACCAUGAAAAAGGGGUCCUGUGGCUGUGCAUCACAGCUGAGUGUCUCUACCUCACCCUGCUGUUCACGGGUGGUGUACUCAUGUGGUUAGAGCUGUGUCCUUGCCUCAGCGUCAUGAACAAGCUGAAGCUCAACGCCUUUGCUGCCAUGUUCACCGCCCUGUCAGGCCUUUUGGGGAUGGUUGCCCACAUGAUGUUCACCACGGCCUUUCAGCUGGCUGUGGCUAUGGGUCCGGAGGACUGGAGGCCCAAGACCUGGGACUACAGCUGGUCCUACAUCUUAGCAUGGGGCUCCUUCGCCACCUGCAUGGCUUCUGCAGUGACAGCACUGAACAGGUACACCAAGACCAUCGUAGAGUUCAAGUACAAGCGGCGGAACAUUGAGAAGAACCUGAGGAUCAAGCAGAAGCUGCUGGAGAUGGACCUGCCAGAGCAGAUGUGGGACAUGUACCUGACGGCUGUGCCUGCAAGGGGACCUCCCUCCCCUCUGGACCUCCCUGUCAAUGGGCACAAACCCUCCACUGGAGCAGCCUAUGUAAUGGGCCUGGACAGCAUGACAGAACCACAGGGAGAGGCCUACUGCUAAGACAGUGGUCACCAACCCUGGGCCUGCAGGGCCCCAUUCCAAUACUGUUAGAAUGUACCUUCCAUCCUCCCUUCAUUGAGGUUAUGACUGCUCCAACAUGAUUGGAUAGGUUCCAAUUCAAAACACAAAGGGGAGGAAGAAAGGAUGCAUUUUCACAGUAUCAGAACAGGGCCUACGAGAUCUAUAAGGCGUUACAGGACCAGGCUUGGUGACCUCUUCAUUAAAAUGACCAUAAAUUGGCUCUCAUAUACAGGAUCCCAAACUCACUGGACUAUAUAGGGCAUAAGGGAUCCCAUUGAGAAGAUCAUUACUAAUAAUAUGGCCAAAGGAACAUGGAGCUGACUGAAUAAACAACACUUGUCCUCAACUUCCUCCUGUAUGUUUCUAGAGCCAAGGCCAUGACUAUUAUUAUCAUUACUGUUAUUCUGGAGCAGAUGGUAAAGCUGUUUUUAUAAGCUAUGUUAGUAGUUUUGUUGCCACAUUCGGCAUGGGGCUGCAAAUAUCAGCCAAGUCUAGUUGCCAUAUGGAUGCUUGGUGUACAGACGGCUAUUUCCAAC